GGUUAAUCCGCUCGCGUAUCCAUUAGCUCGCGCCUAUCUGGCAUUGAAGUCUCCCGCUGAAGAGGGCUUCGGCUUCCAGAAGACGUCGAGGAAUAGCUGAUUAGAAAUCGGCACCGGUUAGUCUCUGUCUUCGGAUUAACGAUGAUGCCGCGAGAUACAACAGGGAGAGAAAUGAUACACACAUCUGUUCACUCGUGCCGUAAUGGGGGAAGGUUUGAAAUUAUCCAUCAUCAAUUUCGAUGAAAGCCUUGAAUAUAUUUAUCCGUUUAUUUGUGAGAACUUACUUUCCUCCAACAUAAAAGAUAAUAUCUCAUGUAUACACCUACAAUAUAUAAUAUAUAUUUACAACAUACCAAAGAAACCUAAAACGGAAAAUAAAUAUUUUUUAUGAGUGUUUUCUCACACGGGCUUGAAGUAAUCUCGCAAAUUUAAUUCCACACACGGAAAGAAUUUUAUAGUAAAAAUUAUUGUAGAAUUUAUAGUAACUGAGGAAUUAAUCGACAUUUUGCAAUAAUUUGCUAUCUUUUUAUUUCAUAUACGCUACUUAUAUUUUAGGAACUGAAAUAUGUUAUUAAAAAAUUUUUUGUAUUUCCAGCGAAAUCUACUGUGUUUCUAACGAAAGUUACUAUGUUCCUUACAAAGGAACACCGCGAACUCGAGUUCUUUGAUUUUGAUACACUUUUGUGAGUAUGUAGAAUAAAUCAGUACAUACUCUUGUUAGUAAGAUAGACUUUACUGACUGACUAUUGUUCUCAACUACUAAGAAUAUAGUAAAAAUUGAAAAGAAUUUAUAUGAAAGAAAAAAUAUAUAUAUAAUAUCUCUCCGUGCAUUUGUUCGAUCACGAGUCAAAGUCUCUGAAAAUGUGAAAUAUACGAGAAAAUUUCUCGCGCGAAAGUUUUAUGAUAUUUAAUACUCUUCGUAAAAUUAUGCAUAUAAACCUUCUAAAAAUUUCAUAUUUUUCAAAACACCCUCGGGAGCCUACAUUUUUGUUUUUACGAAUUUACGAAAAUUUUACGAAAACUUUGUGAAAAUUUUCAUAAAAACAAAAAUAGAAAAGAAUUUUACAAAGUUAAUCGUGUGUGAUAAAGUUAUUUUCCGAAAUCGCAUUCUUAAGAUACGAAUCGUAAACGUCGCGCUGUAAGUGGAUGCAGACGCGUCAUGUCGGGCGCACCGCGGAGUAAUACAUACAAGCAGGCCAGACAUAACGUAUCUGUAGAGCUAUACAAAAAAUAUCUGGUACAGAUAAAAUUCUAAACGUCACAGUUGAAAUAUGUUGUUCUUUUUGUAUUUAAAUACAAAUAAAAUUAUCUAAAUAUAGAUCAAAUUAGUUGUGGUGCGCGUAGAAUUUACAGCAGCACCGUUUUAACAAUAUCUGCUAAUAAAUUUAAAUCGAUGUAAGGAUUAUACAUUCGCUUGUCUCUCGUCGCUAAUUUUUUUUUACAGCCAAUUUGUAUAAGGAAAUUGGUUUUAAUCUGAAUGGACACCACAGAGAGACUUCUUUACUAAAUUUCACAAAUAUUUUAGAUAAAAACGCUGUCUCUGUUAUCUAUAUUGAUUAAAAAUGCAAAACAUAUGCAAUAUUGCAAAGUUCGUUAAUCAUUUGUCUAUCUUAAUUCCUCGUAUCUAGGCAAUUUUUGCCAAAACUACUUUUUUGAGUGUAGAAUCACAGGAUUUCAUACCUUCUUAUGCUGAUUGGCAGUUCAGUUCACUGCAUGAAUCGCUAUCGUGUAUUUAGCUGGAGGAUCUAUGCAGCGAAUUGAGUUUGCCGAUAUAUCGGUAUGCAUAUCAGAAGACAUGAAAUCGUGCAUCACGUGAUUCUAGCUUUUUACUUGCAGCAUUAGAAUUAGUAACCCUCUGGCAUCGUUCUUGACUCAAAUGACGUUGACUCAAAUGGCGCGGUGAUUUAUUGACCCAUACGGGAAAUGAGACGGAGAAAUAAAGCGAAAAGAGACCAUGGAAAGAGAAAGAGGAGGAGGAGGAGAAGGGGAGAAGGAGGAGGAGAGAAGGAGGAAAAGAGGAGGCAGGCUCACAUCCGUGCAUAAAACCGCGCAGCGAAAGCGCAGCACGACGAUGACACCACGAUAACGUCGGUACUCUUAACGACGUUCCCGGCGAUCUUUCUGACCCGUUGCGUUCCAUGCAAAAAAAUGGCGUCGGCGGCAGCGGAAUUGGUGGCGGAGAGAGAGCCGGAGCUGAGGAUCGAGAUGACCGACAUGAACAGGAGCUUCGUGGGUGCUCAGGGUUUGGUCAAAAUGGCUUUGGAUCAAUACACAGAAAUUCUCACGACGGUCUCAGAUCCGCGUGUCAACGAUUGGCCGCUCAUGGACUCACCUGUACCGGCCAUUCUCAUUGUGCUCCUCUACCUGUACCUCGUCGUCAUAUUCGGCCCGCGUAUGAUGGUCAACAGAAAGCCAUACAAACUGAGAAUGGUUCUAGUGGUGUACAACGCGUUCCAGGUCGUCUUCUCGUUGGGGAUGCUGUACGAGCACUUAAUGUCCGGAUGGCUGCUGGACUACAGCUACAAGUGCCAACCAGUCGACUACUCCCACAAUCCCUCCGCUGUCAGAAUGGCGAAUCUUUGCUGGUGGUAUUUCAUCAGCAAAUUCACGGAAUUCGCUGAUACGAUAUUCUUCGUGUUACGCAAGAAAGAGAGCCAGGUGACAUUCCUGCACCUGUAUCAUCACUCGCUAACACCCCUGGAGACGUGGAUCUGCGUGAAAUUCAUUCCUGGUGGCCACGGCACCCUCGGCAAUCUUAUAAACAACGCGGUGCACGUAGUCAUGUAUGCGUACUACAUGUUAGCGGCCAUGGGCCCGGAAUACCAGAAGUACUUAUGGUGGAAAAAGCACUUGACCACGUUGCAACUGGUGCAGUUUUUCCUGGUGUUCGUGCACAGCGCACAAGCCCUCAUCUUUGACUGCGGCUACCCCAAGCUGGUGGCGGGCCUCCUUCUAUUGCACUCGACAAUCUUUUUCGUCCUCUUCUCCGAUUUCUAUCAGCGCGCUUAUCGUAAGAGGAGGUCCAUGAAGAUGCUCAAGGACGAGUAA